AUGUCUGUGAAGAGACUGCGACACUUGGUCGAGCUCCCCAGCUCAGAUAAAACUGAAAUCCUCACUCUGUUCAAAUACCAGAACCAUCAAACCUAUUUGGACUAUGUGCGAAUGCAUCUGAGUUUUGUUCUGGAUCUUCCAACCGAUGAGUUCGCUCCUCUGCUGGAUACUGACUACUUCAAAGAAACCAGAUUCACCUGUCCCCCGCUAAAAGGCAAAGAUACUAAAGUUGCAUGGGGAUCGCCUCUCACCACCGAGGGAAUAGCACAAGUCUCGCAGCUGAUAGAUUACCUCAUGAUCGACCAGAAUUGUCAAGAAGAAGGUCUCUUCAGAAAAACCGGCAGCGUAACCCGCCAGUCGGAACUCCGAGCUCUGUUAUGCGCCGGAGAGAUCGUGGAUCUCCACCAAGGAGACUUCAGUGUGCACGAUUGUGCCUCGGUAUUGAAAAGCUAUCUCAACGAAAUGGAGGAGCCGCUCUUGACUCAAGCACUUUUUCAACCAUUUAUGAAAGUUGUCGAGCUGCAGAGGGAUAAGACGCUACCAUCAAUAAGAGAAGAAAUUUUGAGGAAGCGCGUCAAAUGCGUCCAACUACUGUUUCAACUGUUACCGCUCUACAAUUAUCAUCUGUUGAAACCUUUGCUAGCUCUCCUACACAAAGUCGCUAUCAACAAAGACACAAACCGGAUGGAUGCCACCUGUCUCGCCAAGCUCUUCGCCCCUGUUAUCAUGUGUCCGAAAACGAUGUCGCCCGAGGAGUUCUUCACUAGAGUCCAACACCCAGCGGUGGAGUUGCUGACUUUCAUUAUUGAGCAGGAGCCAGUAUUAUUCAAACUGCCCGAGGAGCUCAUACAGGACGUGAUCGCCUUCAUUCGGACAGAAGAGAACGACUCCGACGACCAAGCGGUGAUGAAAACACACAUAACUUUCGCGAUCCGCCGAGAACAGAGCAAAGAAGAAAUUGAUGAUUAUACGACUCGAGAGUUGGCUCGACUCUACGCUCACGUCAGCCAACAGCCCGAUACACCCACGAAGAAACUAUUUCUACAGAGAGUACAAAAGGCUCCGUCGAUACAGCAACCUGCAACACCGAAAACUCCGAUCGCAGCCAAAGCGGAAAAGCUCCUCGGUCUUGCGGACACACCGGAUACGAUCAAGAAGGGCCUUUUCCGAGCCUCGGUCCGGUAUCCCGCCGUGCCCGUGAAGUCGCUCAUCAAGGGCGGAUCUGUAGAUUCCUUGGUCAGCGAAAUGGAGAAAGAGAACGCCUCCCCGAUGCCGAAAUUCUCAAUUAAACGAAAAGCUGACGACGAUUCCACGCCGAACAAAAUCCCGCGAACUCCCUUCCUCAUUCGGGCUUCGAUGAGAAUGAAGGCGGCUGUUCUCACUCCGACCAAGAAAACUACGACGGCAAACAACAAUAAUCCUCCGAAACAAGCGAGACUGGUUUAG